AUGGAGAUCUGGAUACACAAUGAGAAAGAUGUAACACUGUGGUUUUUUCAUGGAUCAGUAGCACAGAGAGUCUGGGAGGAUUUCAAAGAGAGAUUUGAUAAAUCAAAUCUCACAAGAGUUUAUCAACUGUGGGCAGAAGUUGAAAGCCUGAAGCAAGGUACAGACUCUGUCACUGAUUAUUACUCUACGAUGAGAGAUCUCUGGGAUGAAUUGGAUAUGAGAAUAUCUUCUCCUUGCUAUGAAUGUGUUGAGGCUAAGUCAUAUAUAAGUCAUCUUCAUCAGAAAAGGUUGUUAAUGUUCUUAAUGGCAUUAAAUGAAGCAUUCACUCAUGUGAGGAGUGAUAUUCUUAUGAAAACAGAAACACCUAUUGUAAAUCAAGCCUAUUCCACUGUAGUGCAAGAGGAGAGUCAACAUGUACUAGGUGUUGUAGAAUCCAACAAAGAACCUCUCACAUUGUUAGCUGGAAGAGGGCAGCAUCACAAAGGAAAGAAACCACUAUUGGCGACUACAUGUGAAAUAUGUGGAUUUAAAAAUCAUCUCACUGCUGAUUGUUAUAGGUUGGUUGGAUAUCCACCUGAUUUCAAGAGCAAGAUAAAACCAGCGCAAUCAGGUUCAUAUCAAAUUGGAACACCAGGUCCUUAUCAAACUGGAAUGGGCAAUUCCAGAUCUACACAACAAGGUUCUUAUCAGUCUUGUAUGGGUAGUUCUAAUGAACUUCAGACCUGA